AUGAUGAACGAGGAUAAGCAACAAGUCAGUACACCGCUUGAUAAGAUUAUUCACAUCUGUCAAGACAAAUACUUGGGUAAUUCAUCCGCCAUCCCGUCCAGAUCACACCCGCAACCAUAUCCAUGUACGAACAGGCCGGGUUUCUCUUCUCUAGCAGUUCCGUCCGUCCACUGGGCUCGAUCGCCGCACCCUCCAUUCCAGCCUUCUUUUCCCUACUGCCGCAUGACCGUAUUCCCGUUCUUCCAUACUCUGGUACCUUUUCCCACCCCUCAUAGUGGCAAGACCCGCAGACGCAGCCAGCCGUUACCUUUCCAUCUCAGUGGCCUAGCCAGUGCGGCGGCAAGGUCACAAGUUGGGCGUGCCGAGACAACCGGGACGGAAAAGCCACUUACACAAGAGGCUGCCGGCCGGUGGGAUUAUAUCCGACUGGCGGGAGCUACAUGGGCUUUGAGCUCUUGGAGGGACCCGGAGGAGGACUGCCAAGGGGAAGAACACGCGGGGGAGACGCGGGGUGUCGGACGAUUCUGGGUGAGGGUGUUUGCUAUGGCGGGGUAA